GUCUACAUGAAACAAAUGUCAUGAUGCAAGAAGCACCGUCCCCUCCAGUCAUAUCUAUUGAGGGCCAUAAUUUGUCAGUAGUUGAGCAUUUCAUAUACCUUGGGUUACAAUAUUUCUAGUUUUCUCACUUUUGACGAAGAGGUGAACAUCAGGAUCGCAAAAGCAGCAGCAACUUUGGCUAAAUUGAAUAAUCGGUGUGGAAUAAUCUUGAACUAUAACUGAAAAUACAAAACUAAGCGCCUGUCAGGCAUAUGUGCUUAGCACGCUCCUAUAUGGCAGUGAAGGUUGGACCACAUUGGCCAGUCUUGAGCAGAAACUCAACAGCUUCCAUCAAAGAUGCCUGCGUUGCAUUUUACGCAUUCGAUGGUAGGACAAGGUGCCUAGCAAAGAGGUCUUGGAACGUGUAAAAAUGUUUAGCAUAUUCUCCGCUCUUAGCAAGAGGCGCCUUCGCUGGUUAGGCCAUAUGAGGAGAAUGGAGGAAGGCCGUAUCCCAAAGGAUCUGUUGUAUAGAGAUUUGGCAGAAGAGGCAAGACAUAUUGGACGGCCACGGCUGUGAUUUAAGGAUGUUUGCAAAAGGAGCAUGAGGGAAGCAAACAUAGAAAUCAACGCACGGGAGAUCAUCGCUGAGCAACGUUCCAGGUGGCAACCAGCAGUGUAUGAAGGAGUCAAAAAAGGCAGAAGCUGCACAACACAAAGCCCUUGCAACAAAAACAGUUUACGGAAGGCCAACUCUAAUCAGGAGUAAAGGUUAUCUUUACUAGUCCUAGUCAUUUGUUGAAGUGUACAUAUAUUUGUUACUUUUUUUUUACAAAAAAUAUAUUUAUAGUACUUUAAUGCUUGGAUUGUUAUUCCACUCCAGAAACACAAGAAGCUAAAGAUGAAUGCCCCAACAUUCCUCGUCUUGCUCGUCGUUGGCUCCAUCUCGGCAUUGCCACUGAUCCCCAUUGGGGUGAGUACUAGAGUGUACAUUUAGUGAGCGUGUGUCACCCUACGUGGGGGGGGGCAAGGGGGUGUGGGGUUGGGCGACUAGUAUUGACCCAUCUCGAUAUUUAGAACAUUCUCACUAAAAAAAAUUUAAAAAAUUAUGGUGUCUGUGAAAUAGAAGAGGCCAAGUCCAGCAGUCUUUGUUUUCUCUUCCUCUGCUGCGGACGCAAUAAGCAUCUCAAGCACUAACAAUCUGGACGCGUUUCUGUACCGCAGACGGAAACGAUAUGAAGGAACACACUUAACGUCACAUCAUCAACAGAAUCCAACUGGUUUUUACUAAUUUGUUGCCUAAUGCCAACUCAUCAUGCAGGGAUGUAUAAUUAUCCACAACUUCAGUCACCUUAUAUCAUGAGCUCUUCAACUUUCAUCCUAAAUCUAAACAGUCAGUCAUAACCAAUAUAGUUAUAUAAUAUAUAUAUAUACAAAUACACCCAUUUCAAUGUUCCCUCACAACUUUCGACCAGUCAUGUACACUUUUUAUUUGAAAAUGUAUACCUCCGCCCCCCUCCCACCUUUUUUUAAACAGAGCUCAAUUUCUCCCUUUAAUAAUAAAAUUAGUUUAAUGCUGGACGUUUUUUUUUUUUUUUUUAAAUAAAAUAAACUAAAAGGAACCCCCCCUUCCACCCUAAAAAUUUGUUUUGUGCAAAAAUUGUUAACAUUCUUUUUUUGCAUUUACUCCAUUCAUUUUUUCCAUGAAAAGCUAAACUCUCGUGCAAGCAACCAUAAAAACAUUCACAUUGCGCAUAACAAAACUCUUCUUAAAGUCUCAUCAAAAAAUUUGAACACAUAAAAAAAAAAAAAAAAAAAGGAAACACAUUUUUGUGGAAGUUUUAAUUAAAUAAAUAUCAGAAUAACAACUUCGCUCCGAUUUUUCAAGAAACCCCGGAUAAAAUAUUGUCUUCUAGCUUGAUGGAGUAUCCCAGAACAUUCACGCAAAACCAUUAAUCUCAACUAGCAUUGCAUUUUCAUCCGUUGUCGUUAUUUCAGUUUGCCUAAUACAUCUGUUCAAUUGUUCUUCAUCAACAUUCACAUUUAUUUCCGUUUCCAUAAAAUCAAUUUCUACUGUAUAAGCCAACUACAGGGCAACACGUUCCAAGGUAUCGUGUACAUCAUAGUUCAGCCACGCGGCAACAUAGUGAACAGUUUUCCAAUUAACUGAAAUUGUUCCUGUUUGUUUUUUUUAAGCGUAAUUCAUUAAACAAAGAUCAUUUUACAAUGAUCACAAUCACAUUUCAAAAGUCAAAAAAACAUGAAAAUCAACCAAGAGCAAACUUGAUCACCUUUCUACCGUAUUCAAAACACCUCUCGUUUUUUGCAUGUUUGUCAAAAUGCUCAAUUUUUUUAAAAUUAUUACCCAUGGGAUUGCCUUGUAAAAAAUUUAAGUUUUCAAUGGCUCAAACAGUAAUACAUCACCAGAAAAAACGUUCAAAAACUGGCCAACUUUAAUUCAGUUCUGUGGAAUUUUCCGCAACUUGUCCAUCCACCUCAAGCUCAAAGGUUUUAAAAUGCUACUUGUAAUAUUAUGUUCUUACAGCUAACGCAGCACGUUAAUUUGCAACUCAUUCGUAAAUCAAAACUGACAAAUAUCACAAAAAAUGCUAGAUAACCAAAAACAAUAACCGACAAAUAAAAUAAUAACGCUCAAAUGCGUGAACAUAUUCACAACCUCCUACGGACAAAGUUGCACUCAUUCACAAACCACUGCGCCACAUAUGUUCAGUCUCAUUUCCUAUUAUUAUACGAAGAAUGUCUUCAUCCUAAUUCCUGGUCCAUAACAAUCUAAACCAUCUCUUAUACCAAAAAAAGAAAAGUCACCAAUCCAAAACACAUAGCAACAUCUAUACAAUAAGUAAACAAAUUUAGUAUAUUUAACAUAUCGCAUUAAACCUUUUCACAUCCCAAAAACUUUCCUUGGACCACACGGAACUCUGGAUCCAGUCAUUUCCCAUGGCCCCAAAUGUGUUUCUUUCAUCUUAACCAAUUCCCCCGGAACAAAUCUAUAUAAAAAACCAAAUACCACAACAUCCUUCAUAAUAACCGAAAUAUAUCCAUUUAUGACUAACAACAUCGGAUUACUACAGUUAGGAUACAGGUAUAAAUUUAAUAUAUGAAACUACUAAUCAAAUAUCAUUCAUCCAAACUGACAUCCACGAAGAGUUCUCCGCGUAAACAUACUUAAAUAUUUUUUGACAAUCUCGGCGAAAAUGUUUUUUAAAUAACCCUGGAUUUAAAUGAUAAAAUGAUCACCUUAAUAUUAAUAGUUUUAUAUUGCAAUGACACAUUUCGACAGGGUCAUGUAAUAUUCCAUUUGCCCUUUCAAGAGUUUAGAUUUUAAUUUUUAAAAAGUAAAUUACUAAGAUUUCAGACAAAUUAAAUCAAAACUUAUCAUUUCAGUUUAUAUCUAAUGUAAUUGUAUUUUAAAAUUUGUGUAUUCCAUUCUCCAGGCUCAAAUUGAACUGCUAAAAGAUUUCAAAGUUCAAGACAAUGAUUUCGUCAGUGACCUAGUUGGUCUCAUCAGCCACCUGGGUGGAAAGAGAGAUAUUACCCAACAAGAUAUAAAUAUCGUUGAUAAUCUUUUCCAUAUAUUGGGUUAUGGUGCUGGAAAGAGAGAAAUUACCCAACAAGAUAUAAAUAUCGUUGAUACUCUUCUCACCCUACUGGGAGGUGGCGUUGGAAAGAGGGAAAUUACCCAACAAGAUAUAAAUAUCGUUGAUAAUCUUUUCCAUAUAUUGGGUUAUGGUGCUGGAAAGAGAGAAAUUACCCAACAAGAUAUAAAUAUCGUUGAUACUCUUCUCACCCUACUGGGAGGUGGCGUUGGAAAGAGAGAAAUUACCCAACAAGAUAUAAAUAUCGUUGAUACUCUUCUCGCCCUACUGGGAGGUGGCGUUGGAAAGAGGGAAAUUACCCAACAAGAUAUAAAUAUCAUUGAUACUCUUCUCACCCUACUGGGAGGUGGCGUUGGAAAGAGGGAAAUUACCCAACAAGAUAUAAAUAUCGUUGAUACUCUUCUCACCCUACUGGGAGGUGGCGUUGGAAAGAGGGAAAUUACCCAACAAGAUAUAAAUAUCGUUGAUACUCUUCUCGCCUUACUGGGAGGUGGCGUUGGAAAGAGGGAAAUUACCCAACAAGAUAUAAAUAUCGUUGAUACUCUUCUCGCCCUACUGGGAGGUGGCGUUGGAAAGAGGGAAAUUACCCAACAAGAUAUAAAUAUCGUUGAUACUCUUCUCACCCUACUGGGAGGUGGCGUUGGAAAGAGGGAAAUUACCCAACAAGAUAUAAAUAUCGUUGAUACUCUCCUCACCCUACUAGGAGGUGGCGUUGGAAAGAGGGAAAUUACCCAACAAGAUAUAAAUAUCGUUGAUACUCUUCUCACCCUACUGGGAGGUGGCGUUGGAAAGAGGGAAAUUACCCAACAAGAUAGAAAUAUCGUUGAUACUCUUCUCACCCUACUGGGAGGUGGCGUUGGAAAGAGAGAAAUUACCC